CCUAUAUUGGUUCAAAAGCAAUUGUUCAAAAGUUAGUUUAGACUAAUUCGAUCAGAGCGCGUAAAUUAUUCCGUCCUACUGCGGCCGGUCUCUUCACAUUUGCAGUUAUUUGCAACACCCGGUCGGUGGCAGUGUUCAGCUGACUGGCAGAGUCUCGGCAUUGGUCUCACAGCAAGACGCAUUUUGUAGCAGUAGAACGCAACUGACAGCGAGCGGGGGAGGACGUAGCCAAGCAGUCUACCAACCUACCAGUCCGCCGCCCAGAAAUACGAUUUCUAUCAUUAUUCGUAUGCAUAUCUGUUGUUUAAAACAGGGAGGACGUAUUCGUUUGCUGAGCAAUAUCGAGCUCAACAAAGCAACACUUUAAUCAUAGAUAGUAUUUAAUAAUAGAGGAAUAGUCAUAAUCUGACAAGAAGACAUGGCCACGACAACCUGUACGCGAUUUACAGACGAAUUUCAGCUCUAUGAGGAACUUGGAAAGGGAGCCUUCUCAGUGGUACGUCGGUGUGUCAAGUUGUGCUCGGGUCAGGAGUACGCUGCCAAAAUAAUCAACACCAAAAAACUCAAUGCAAGAGAUCACCAGAAGCUGGAGAGAGAAGCGCGAAUCUGUCGCCUGCUCAAACACUCCAACAUCGUGCGUCUUCAUGACAGCAUAUCAGAAGAAGGCUUCCACUACCUCCUCUUUGACUUGGUGACUGGUGGAGAGCUGUUUGAAGACAUCGUGGCCAGAGAGUAUUACAGCGAGGCCGAUGCCAGUCAUUGCAUCCAGCAGAUCCUGGAGGCGGUGCUUCACUGCCAUCAAAUGGGCGUGGUGCACCGUGACCUGAAGCCAGAGAACCUGCUUCUGGCUAGCAAGUGCAAGAAUGCAGCAGUGAAACUGGCAGACUUUGGGCUGGCCAUCGAGGUGCAAGGAGACCAGCAGGCCUGGUUCGGAUUUGCUGGGACACCAGGUUAUCUUUCCCCAGAGGUUCUUAGAAAGGAGGCAUAUGGCAAACCUGUGGACAUCUGGGCCUGUGGUGUGAUUCUUUACAUCCUGCUGGUGGGUUAUCCCCCUUUCUGGGAUGAGGACCAGCACAAACUCUAUCAGCAGAUCAAAGCUGGAGCAUAUGACUUCCCCUCCCCUGAAUGGGACACCGUCACCCCAGAGGCCAAGAACCUCAUCAAUCAGAUGCUCACCAUCAACCCUGCCAAGAGGAUCACCUCCCAGGAGGCACUUAAACACCCAUGGGUCUGUCAACGGUCUACAGUGGCCUCCAUGAUGCACAGGCAGGAGACUGUGGAGUGCCUUAAGAAGUUCAACGCCAGAAGGAAACUUAAGGGGGCCAUUCUCACUACCAUGCUGGUGUCCAGGAACUUCUCUGCAGCCAAGAGUUUGCUAAACAAAAAGGCUGAUGUCAAGAAAAGGAAGUCCAGCGCCACUGUCCAGUACAUGCCCCAGUCAAACAGCACGAAAAACAGCAUAGUCACCAGCCCCAAAGGAAACCUUCCUUCUCCUGCUCUGGAAGCUCAGACCACUGUGAUCCAUAAUCCAGUGGAUGGGAUUAAGGAGUCGUCAGACAGCAGCAAUGCCACUGUGGAGGAUGAGGAUGUGAAAGCCAAUGGUAAGCAGGCUCCCAGAGUGUUCUGCAACAGGAAUGACAUAUUAGGGAAGAGUGUAGAUAGCGUAAGAGGCCAGUCCAGCACCAGCUCCCUGACCGACAACACUCCUGCCCAGGGCCCCUCCCCAGCCGUCUUCUCGGCCACCAAGUUCUCGGACCUGCUAGGUUGUGUGCGGCGUGGCUCAGGACCACCGAUGGCCGACGGCGAAGGGGUUGCUGGGACACCUCCAGCGGUACUCUCCACCCCUUCCCCGCCCCCUCCCGCCUCUGCCAUGCAGAUGAGCCACCUGACUGACGUCCUGAGCAGCAUGAGACGGGCGCCCCCAGCCCCGGUCCAGCCCCCGCCCCCGCACUCCCACCCGGAGCCAGAGGGGGCGCCCUCUCCCCGCACCGCCCCUGCCGGUGCCCACUCUUCCCCCCCGCCCCCCAUGCCCCCCCCUUCUGGCACCUCCUCGGGCGCCCAGUCACGCAAGCAGGAGAUUAUCAAGAUUACUGAGCAGCUGAUCGAAGCCAUCAACAAUGGAGAUUUCGAGGCCUAUGCGAAGAUCUGUGACCCCGGACUGACCUCGUUCGAGCCGGAGGCGCUGGGCAACCUGGUGGAGGGCAUGGACUUCCACCGGUUCUACUUUGAGAACCUGCUGUCUAAGAACAGUAAGCCCAUCCACACCACCAUCCUAAACCCACACGUGCACCUGAUUGGAGAGGAUGCCGCCUGCAUCGCCUACAUCCGCCUGACGCAGUACGUGGAUGGCCAGGGCCGGCCCCGCAGCAGCCAAUCAGAGGAGACCAGGGUGUGGCACCGCCGCGACUCCAAGUGGCAGAACGUCCACUUCCACUGCUCGGGGGCUCCUGCAGCACCGCUCCAGUGAAGGGCCAGAUCUCCUGUAGCCACAUCAGAGAGUCCAGUCAGAGAGAGUGAUGAAGAUCAGGACAAGGGAGUGUGAGUCCAGUGUUGGGUGGUUCUGAGCCGCUAGUGCCUGACCGUCCCGCACUGGGGAAAACCCCCCCUCCUUACCCAGCAUGCACUUGUCUUUACCACGUCUCAUGUCCCGAAUCCCGCCCUGUCCCCCCUCCCAAUUGACUCCCCACUUACCCCCCUGGCCUCCUCGGUAACCCCUCCCCACCCCUGGCCUCCUCGGUAACCCCUCCCCACCCCUGGAAGUGUAUCAUCGCCACCACCAUUACCAGACCAUCUUUGCCAAAACACAAACAAACGUCUGUGACUCUCCCACCUGGAACGACACCCGACCCAGCCUGCCAAAACUCAACUCAGUGGUCCGACCACAGCUACUGAAAAACACCAUCCACACUUGCCGGGAAGGGAGCCCCCCCACA